GUCACCGGCAGCAGCCGGGCGAGGUGGUGAGCGGAGGCUGCGCCGUACUCGGGACCCUCAUUCCCCGCUGGCCUCUCGCUGGGACCUUUUCCGUGUCGUCCAUCUCCUCCGUCCCUGCCGCCAUGACCACCACGACCAUGUUUUCGGGCAUGGACCCCAGUGGCAGGAACAGCUCCAGAGUCCUGCGUCCUCCUGGUGGUGGGUCCAACUUCUCCCUGGGUUUUGAUGAACCAAAAGAACAACCUGUGCGAAAGAACAAAAUGGCAUCCAGCAUCUUUGGAACUCCUGAAGAAAACCCACCAUCCUGGGCCAAAUCAGCAGGGACUAAGCCAGGUGAAAUCAGAGAGGACUGUGAAUCAUCUGGACCACAAAGAAGUAACUCAACUGAUGCAAACUGUGGAGACCUUGUAGAUCCCAAGGGAGGAGAUGGUGGUGGUGAAAUUUAUGAAAACACUGAGGCUGAUGUAGAAGCUGCCCCAGGUCAGAGUGAAGAGAAAUCCCUGCCUGCUGCACCUGUUCCCAGCCCAGUAGCACCAGCACCUGCACCCUCCAGGAGAAAUCCACCCGGUGGCAAGUCCAGCCUAGUCCUCGGUUAAACCUUUCCCUUCCUGUUUUGAACUCGUGUCUGUUUCUUUCCCCCAUGCUUGUGAACUGCACAACUUGAGCCUGACUGUACAUCUCGAAUUUCUUUCAUUAAAAAGAAGCACUUUAUGUACUCCAUUUAAUGUUUCAUUUGAGAUCAGGGUUUUUGUCCCACUUCUGUGUUUCCCCCAGAUCUACUGGCAGUGACAUGAGUGUUUUCUAGCGAUAGACUUGAGGGAAAGCUCUAUGAAGUCUAGUAACGUAAUUCAGAGAGUAGAUUGGUUCUAAGUGUGCUUAGAAGAUUUUUGUACUGAGAUUUUCUUUUUCUUUUGACCCCCUGAGCUUGACAAGGGUGUAGAGUAAUGGUGAAAGAGGCCAGCAAACAAUCAGUGAGAGCAGUCCCCUUCCUCCACGUGUGGGAUUUGGGCAUCUCAAAGGCUUCGUUGCCCACACGUGGUAAAUGCCUUGAGCCCUGCUGUGCCAUGUAAAUCCUGAAGUGUACACCAUGCUGCCUUGAACACAGAAAAUAACAAAGAACUACAAAAACCAACUCUUGCUAGUGGACUCCUAGGAAGCAGGGUAUGUGCCAAAUAGGGCUGGUGACCAGCGCUGCCUGGCCUAACGCUAGGAGGGGAUGUAUUCAGACUUUAUUCAGCAAAGGUGGAGUGGAUCCCAGAAAGAAACUCAAUACAAAUUGACAGGGCAUUUUUUUUAUAACUGACUCAAUGCUGUGCAUGACCAUGCUGGUGCUUGACCAUGAGGUGAAAAUCUCAUCCUUUAAAGUGUGUGUUGUAACUUCACGAAGCUGGACUGUUGCUUAAAAGUAAAUAAUAUAGAAAUUUUGAA